ACGUAACAAGUCUGAUCCUAUUUUAUUUAUCUGGAAUGAGGCAUGAAAUCAACUUAAUAUUUAUCAAUAGGAGUGUUUGAUAGCAGAGGAGGUAGUUGGAUUAGUUUAGCUGAUGAAAGGAGUGUACAAGCUAACGUUUCCAGUCACUUGUCCUUCGCUAGUAAGUCAGUCAAAAGCAGCAAAAUAAAGAGAUUAUACCACUGAUAAUCCACAGAUAAAUGGAAGAUAGUAACACUCUUAACCAUAAGGUCGAUGGGCAGUUGCGGAAAUCCAUUGAUUUUGAUUAUAUACAGCUUGCAAAAAACUGUAAAGGAUAUUUGGACCUUAGAAGCAGUAAAAUAACAUUGGAAGAACUCACUAUUUUGAUACCUCACAUUGUUGGAAAUAUUCGCAUUAAUACCUUUGACCUCUCACAAAAUCACUUCAGUGAUGAAUACGGCAGAAUUAUCGCCAGAAUCAUAAAGAAUUCUGAUUCAAUUGUGGAAUUCUGUCUGAAACUGAACAAUCUAGAAGGCAGAGGAGUCCAGUAUAUCGGUCAAGCCAUUGGAUAUAACAACAGUAUCGAGAUAUUAGAUAUGAGUUGGAAUCACAUCCGCUGGCCAGGAGCUGUGUCUAUUUGCAAUGGUAUCAAGAUUAACAAUUGCCUAAACACUCUCAAUGUUGCCUACAACGGGUUUGGUUAUGAAGGAGCUGUUGCCUUAGGAGAGAUGCUUAAACAUAAUAAAACUCUGCAGACUCUUGAUGUUUCCAGCAACAGGAUAUGUUGGAAAGGGUCAUUGAUAAUAAGCAAGGGUCUCUCCAAGAAUCGGUCGUUGAUCAACCUUAAGGUUAUUUUUACAUCGAGAUAUGCAAUAUGUGGAAGGCACUAUAUCUUUAUAUAUAAAAGGAAGAAAAUUGUGUUUCAAUUCAUUCUGGUAUCAGAUCAUAUGGUGUCUUUAUCUUCGUGUGGCAAAACCCCCUCCAAUAAAUUAUCUAAUCCCGCCCUGCAAAACUUUUUGGAUAACCUUGCAUUUAGUAUGAGUCUGUUUGUUACUCCAGCAGAAAUGGAGGGAAAAUUUCGAAUAUCUCCUGCUCGUGGACACGCAAUCAUACAAGACUGA